CUUUCCAAUCAAUUGUCUCUUGCUCUCCCAAAAGAUUUCACGCUGACUUUCCCGUAGGGUUUUCUGGCAAUCGUCUCUUCCCUCUUCACGCCCAACUAGCCAAGAACGACUCUUCCCAAAUACAUGGGUGAUUCACAACGUAAUGCCAAAAAAAGGAAUGUGAUUAAACGGAUAUUUGGAAUAUUCAAGUCACGCUUCACAAUCUUCAAAACGGCACCUCCUUUCUUUUUAGUUUUGGCAUGUGCAGGAGUACAUAAUUUUCUUCGACGUGAAUGUCGAUCUGACGAAUUUCCUCCGGACCCAGAAGAAGACCCACCUAACGAUGAUGAGGACGAUCUUGAAUGAGAUAAUUUUCAGACACAAGAUCAACAGAGGGAAAAGGCCAAUGAAUAGAGGAUGAAUCUUGCUACUCAAAUGUGGGCAGCUACAGAAAAUGAAUAAUUUUGAUCCAUAGUUCAGCAGCACAAGACGUUUGUUCCCAUUUUGUGCAUUAAGGACAUUAUUUGUUCUUAUAUUUUUUAAUGCUUAUGCUUGACCUCAUUUCGAAUAGAGAACAUUAGCUAUUAUAUUUGUCAUAUUUUCUAUGUAGCGAUUUUUAUUUAUUAAAGUCUAGUUUGUUUUGUUAAAGUCUGGUCUAGUUGGAUCUGGUCUGAAAUAAGUAAAAGUUUAUGGAUUUAUUGAAAUCCAUAAAAGUCAUUCAUUCUAGAAGUCACGGAUUUAAAAGUCAUCAAAUUAAAGUCUAUGGAUUUAAAAGUCUAUAGACUUUUUUAGAAGUCCAUGGAUUAAAAAAAGUCCACCACAAUCCAUAUUCAAUACACCCCUUUAAGACUUACAUUUACCUUCCCUUCCCACUCAUGUCAACACUUACUACCACUUACUAGCACUCUCAACCCUUCGUCCAAACAAACAGGCAGCAAGUAGGGAACAGCUCCUGAAAACAACAGCUAUUCUGCUUAGGAUUUCUGAUCACUCCGUCGGUCGGAAGUAACAAAUGGAAGCAAACGAAAGAUUCAAAGAGAAAGCGGAAAAUGAGGAGGAGUUGGAAGAAGAGAUAUGGAGUUGGGGGGCAGGCACAGAGGGUCAGUUGGGAACGGGGAGGCUCUUAGACGAGCACCACCCUCAGUUGCUCCGUUCUCUCUCCUCAUUGGGCCCACUCUCUCAUCUCGCUUGCGGCGGCGCUCAUGUCAUCGCUCUCAUCUCAGGUGGAAGAGUGGUGACAUGGGGUAGGGGUACAUCAGGGCAAUUAGGCCAUAGGGAAGCUGUUUCCAGUGUGCAGCCUAUGGUUGUGGAAGAUUUGGUAGCCUUUGAUAUUACAUAUAUUUCUGCUGGUUGGAAUCACUCCGGUUUUGUUUCAGAGAGCGGUCAACUCUUCAUGUGUGGAGAUGGUACGUUUGGGCAGCUUGGUCUUGGUGAUUAUAUAUCCCACUCUUCUCCUGUAGAAGUGCCAUUUUUCAGCUCUAGACAUGUCAAGCACAUUGCUUGUGGUAUGCGCCAUUCGAUUGCUUUGGUUGAAGGUAAUAUGGGAAGUCGUGUUUAUGGAUUUGGGUCUGGAAAACGUGGUCAGCUGGGUAUAUCUGAUGACAAAGUAAAAUCAGUAAGCGUUCCUCAUGUUACUUUGGGCUUGGAAAAUCUCAGAAUUAACAGCAUUAUUGCAAAUGGAGACCAUAGUGGAGCUAUAUGUACUGAUGGACAUUUCUAUAGAUGGGGAAGAGGCUUCGGUGGGGACCCAGAUAAUUAUAUGCCCAAACGUAUUGCAGCAAGCCCAUCAUUCAGUAGCGCUUCUAUAGGGUGGAAUCAUGCUCUAUUAUUAACAGGUGAUGGACAAGUGUUCAUGAUUGGCGGUUAUAACUAUGGUGCUUCGAGUAGCCAAAAAACACAGUUGAUAGCGAAAACACUUAAAGAUGCAGGAAAUGAAGAAAUUGCACAGAAGGUUGAUGCUCUUGUUGGGGUAAAGGUUUUCCAAAUUUCAGCAGGAGCUGAGCACUCGGCCUUGGUAACAGAUGAUGGAUCAGUGAUGACGUGGGGAUGGGGGGAACAUGGUCAACUUGGCUUGGGAGAUACAAAUGAUCAAGCUAGUCCUCAAGUGGGCCGUUGGAUAUCGAGGUCUGGCUGAAAGAGGGUGCCAAAGCUGUUCGGAACUUCACACAACUCUGCCUAGAAGGUUACUACGACAACGCGAUCUUCCACCGCAUAAUCAAGUCAUUCCUCAUUCAAGGGGGUUACCCAACUGGCAGUGGCCCGAUACCCUCUAUUUGUCAAUUGACUUCGCCUAUUUGUGUUUUAUUUGCAACUUUAAUUUCUGGUGUUCUGCCCGAGUUGUUUUUUUGAGCAUUAUGCAGCUCUGCAUAAUUUCAACUCAUUGCUAUUUUUCUAUAUUAGAAAUGGCAUGCCUAAGGACUGAGGUGUUGGAAAUAUGAUGAAAUAUGCUACGUACUCCGUACUACGUAUUAUUUUGAGGGGUCUAAUUUAUGGCUCCUGGGAACAUUAAGUUAAAGUAGUAAAUGUGAGUGAUAGUAGUGUUGUAAGUUACAUUGACAUUUCCCGGUUGCUUUUUAAGGUAUAUGCCUCUAAUAACUACAUGUUCCUGAAAAAGAAUGAAAGUGUUAUACUUAUUAUACUACUUUAAUAAUAGAGAAAUGAAAAGGUGGUUUGUCUUGAUAUUUUCCAAUAAUAUUAUGCCCCAAAGUUUUGGUUGGACUGGUAAAAUACAUAUAGGAGAUGCUAUAUUUUUAAAAUGCAUUGUUCUAGGCUGCACAGGUUCAUGGCAUAUCACAGAAGAGAAGGUUCAUUGUGAAAGGCUGCAAUGGAAGGUUCACUGGAAACAUAACAUGUUUUUUAGCUUCAUAAACACUGUGUACAAUGGUAUGUAACUUCUGGAUAAUUACUUCAAGUGUUGGCAUUUGUUUGAGAAAAUUAUGAUUGUUUAGCAUGUGCAGUAAAAUUAUCAAUGUCAUUUCAAUCCUCGAGCAGUAAAAUUAGCAUGUGCAGUAAACCUUUUAGCUGGUGAGUUUUUUUUAUUGAUGCCCAGAGAACGGGGAAAGGCAGUGUGCACUAUCAGCUUUCUCACUUAACAAGUUUCAUAGGUUAGAGUUGACAAAAAGAAUUUAAAGAAAAGAGAGUGGUUACAUGAUGUUUUUCCUGACUUUGUUGUCUGUGAAAUGUACAACGAUGUGUUGUGCUAUUUUGUGAUCUUCUGGAGAAUAAACCAUAUCAGGUUAAUAUUGUAUCAUCUGUAUUCAUAUGAAUUAUAAAAUGGAAAUUGGAGGACGAUUGUCCUUUAUCUAAUAUGAAAGUCUCAUGUAUC